AUGCACAUGCAGCAGCGAGAUGCGAAAACGGAGGACACUCAGCACCUUCUUCUUGACGGCCUGAAGUCAGGAGCUGCAAUCACGCAGCAGCAGACAUGCUGGGAGUCGUUAGUGAAGGGGUGCUGCCGGUGUUGUGGUGUUUCCUUCGCGGUGCUGCUGCUCAUUGUAUUGAUCCUGUUCAUCGCGAUUGGCCCUGCGGGCUUUACGUACUAUCUGGACGUUUUAAAGAUCAGACAGUAUGGAUAUGGCGGAGCAGCGUGCAUGGCAUCUGAUGACGAUUGCCGGACUGCCCAUGGCUUCCCCGGAAGUGACACGGACAGCACUGUGACAUGGUACGAAGAGCAGGUGCGGCUGAUGGAGCAGCUGCCGCAUCGCUUGGAGACUGGUGACGCCUAUCGUGCCAAUGAGCUGGGGAAUGUCCGAAUAAACGACUACACUUGGCCAAACAUCGCCCUGGGCUCCAAUGAGAGCGUACACAGCCGCUUGCGGCCGGUCUACGAUGCGCUCUGGGGCGUUGGGGCGACCACUUGGAGCAAGGAGUCUGUUCGAAAAAGCGCACGCGACUUCAUUGCCCAGGUCAACGACACCUUCACAGUUAAAAAGGACUUUUCCAAGUGGGUUGAGCUCGAGCUGCACAAGAUCAGCCUGGGCUACGACCUGACACCAGAACAGCUUGAACGUUUUCUGGAUUUCCAGGGCAGCGCCACAAUGAUGAUCGUCCUGCCCGAGAUAUUGAACCCUGUGCUUAGCAUGAUGUCCAACGUGCAGGACUUCAUCUCCACCAGGAAGCAGCUGGUCCAAGAGUACACCGAUAUAAUUGCCAGCGACCGGCGGGGCGUCUUCGAUAACGUUUCAGCCUCCUUCCGUCCCACAAUGGCGAGCGCUCUUGUCGACUCGCUGACUUUCGCAGGAGGCUUAAGCGUCCCUCAUGCGCUGACCUCGGUCUUCGCGCUGAUGUACUCUGAUCAGACUCCUGCGGGUAAGUCUCACGAUGUCUCAAGCCUCAGCAACGAGGAGGUAGAGCGCUUCGUUUUUGAGGCAGUGCGACUCUUCUCACCCGUGAUCGAGUUCCCCUGGAUGGAUGCAAAGGACCAGCGGCGCAAGCUGAUGAUACAGAUGAAAGCUUUGCGAGAUCCGGCCGUCUGGGGCGAGCAUGCGAACCGAUUUUCCUUGAAGCUGGGUGCCAAGAAGCCCCUUGAUACAUACCAGAACUACUCGGGCAUCGGCUGGGUCGAACCGGCGAACGGCCCCGAGAAAAAGGGCCGCCGCUGGGUCUCCACGCCCCGAAGCAGAGGAUGCCCGGGCCAGGACCUGAGCCUGGCGAUGGUGGUUGGCUUCGUCCAGGAGUGGCGCAGCAUGCAGCACGAGUGGCAUGUCGCAGAGCAGCCCGAGGGUGGGAUCUCCUUCACUGGCCCUGCCUACUUCACCCCACCGGUGUCCUCGCCUUUCACGUUGAGACGGAGUACGUAG